AUGAAUAUUUUUAUUAUUGUUCAUACACAACUAAUUGAUGCCGGAACAAAAAUGAUAAAUAAUUAUUGCAGCAAUUUUCCAAAUCCAUGUAAAAACAGUGGAACAUGUUUAUCGAUACCAGCAGGUGGUUUCGUAUGUACAUGUAGUACAGGUUUUACAGGAAAUCUUUGCGAUUAUCCUAGUGGUGGUACAUCAAAUAAUUGUCUUCCUAAUCCAUGUAGAAACGGUGGAUCAUGUACAAACCUAGCUGGUGGAAGUAUUCGUUGUAGCUGUCCUUCAAGUUUUACAGGCCUCUUUUGUGAACAGCCUAUAGGAACACUUAGUUCUAAUGCUUGCCAAAAUAGUCCUUGCUUUAAUGGUGGAUCCUGUGCUGUUGUGUCGGGUGGAGGUUUUCGUUGUAUAUGUGGUCCUGGUUUUACAGGUGCUCGUUGUGAAGCACCCAGCGGUACACCUGGUGGAACUGGUUCUAAUGUUUGCCAAAAUAAUCCUUGUUUUAAUGGUGGAUCCUGUGCUGUUGUACCGGGUGGAGGUUUUCGUUGUAUAUGUGGCCCUGGUUUUACAGGAACUCGUUGUGAAUUCUCCAGCGGUACACCAGGUGGAACUGGCUCUAAUGCUUGCCAAAAUAAUCCUUGUUUUAAUGGCGGCUCUUGUCGAAAUCUUUCCGGUGGUUAUUUCCAAUGUAUUUGUCCUUUCGCUUUUACGGGAACUCGUUGUGAAUUAUCCAGCGGUACACCAGGUGGAACUGGUUCUAAUGCUUGUCAAAAUAAUCCUUGUUUUAAUGGUGGCUCUUGUCAAAAUCUUUCCGGUGGCUAUUUCCAAUGCAUUUGUCCUUUCGCUUUUACGGGAACUCGUUGUGAAUUAUCCAGCGGUACACCAGGUGGAACUGGUUCCAAUGCUUGUCAAAAUAAUCCUUGUUUUAAUGGUGGCUCUUGUCAAAAUCUUUCCGGUGGCUAUUUCCAAUGUAUUUGUCCUUUCGCUUUUACGGGAACUCGUUGUGAAUUAUCCAGCGGUACACCAGGUGGAGCUGGUUCCAAUGCUUGUCAAAAUAAUCGAUGUACAAAUGGUGGAUCCUGUGCUGUUGUACCGGGUGGCGGUUAUCGAUGUUUAUGUCGUGCAGGUUUUACUGGGAUCUAUUGUGACAUAUCGUUUACUGCACCCGGUGGAUCUCAAUUAACUGCUUGUCUUAAUAAUCGCUGUGAGAAUGGAGCAUCAUGUGAAAAUGUACCUGGUGGUGGUUACCAUUGUAUAUGUCGUCCAGGCUUCAUAGGCCAGUUUUGUGCGUAUCAAAUAUCAGGCUGA